AUGACUUCACAGCAAAACAACUCCUUUAAACCCCAGUCACCAGAAAGUGGCCUUGUAUUAGACAACAGGAACUUCCUUCCAAGCCAGGAUACUUCUCUACAGUGGGAAGAAGAUAUCUGUAACUUCUCAACUGCUCAGCUCAACUUUCCCACAAAUGACAAUGGUUACUGUGCAAAGCAGGAACUGCAAGCAAUGUGGAAGUGGUUUAACUCCUGGUUGAAGCCAGAAAAGCGUAGCAAGGAGCAGAUGAUUUCUCAGCUGGUCUUGGCUGAGUUUCUCAAAACUGGACACUACAAGGACAAGUCUGUCUUGAAAGAGAAGUGGGAAUCAAAUGGCAGAAACCUGGGGAGAUUCAUGGAGGAUCUGACUGAUAAGUGCUUGAAGCCUCCCAUCAUGGUUCACACCUCCAUGCAGGGGCAGGAAGCCCUCUUUUCUAAGAACAUGUCUUUAGAAGAAACCAUCAACCUUCUGAAAGAACAGCAAUCAGCAAGAAGUUCAAUACAAGAGAGUACAAGGACACCCUUGCCAAUCCCCCAAGACAUGUUAUUGACAACAGGACAUGAAGACUGGGAAGAUAGCCAAAACAAUGGCUGGAGUAAUAGUGAUGUAAAUGAUGGGGAUAGUAGUCCUGGAAAUGAGAUGGACUCCCUUUCCCUUAUCCAACAAGACCUGAGAGUACAUAAGGUCAUACACCAGGAAAAUAAACCUUUCAAAUGUAGUACAUGUGGAAAGUCUUUCAGCAAUCAAACCAAUCUGAAAGCUCAUGAGAGGAUUCACACAGGAGAGAAGCCCUACACCUGCUCCCUGUGUAACCGUAGCUUCCGCCAGUCAUCCACAUACCACCGUCACCGGAGGAAUUGCCACAAAGCAGACUGA